GGAGAUUCCUGUACUUUAAAUAUCACUCAGUUAACCUGUGUUAUGCACUAUAAUGAAGACAGAAGAAAGAGAGAAAGAUCUGAAGAGGUCAGACUCAAGAUUGUAGCCCAGCGAAGAGAAACUCAGGACUGCAAGACGAUCUCCAGACAUUUUAGUGGUCCUGUUUCCACCGUGCUGUCAGGAAGCUUAAGGUUCAAGGUAUUGCAGCUAACUUUGGAUAUGGCCUCAAGAGGAAACAUUGCAGAUUGCAGUGAAGGAGUGCUUGAAAUGUGGAGAAAAUACUCAAAAGUGUACAAGUAUAACACCUGAAAGUUCAUUAAAAACCAAGACCAGAAAUAUAAAUGAAAACAGAAGUCACAACAAAGUUCUUCAACAAAAAUUUACAAUUAAACACUCUCAGGUCCAUCCUGCUGGCUGUGUUUAAUCUUCAUAAAUAGCCAAUCCUUUCUGUACAGGAGGUGACACUUUCUUCCAGUGGGCAAAUAAGAAGUUUUUUUCAAAGUCAUAAGCUUUUUUUUCAAAGGUCAUAAAAUGGUUUGUUCAUUGUAAGCCCUAUUCCUAGGGGUCAUAACAGUUUUUGCAUUAAAAUUCAUUGCAUAAAAAUGGUUAAAUUACAUUUUCUAAUGGUGUCCUAGGAAAAAUGCCAAAUUAAAUGGAAAACUAUCAAGAGAGAGAACAAACAGGUAGAUUUACAAUAGCUUACUCUGUUGAUGGAGCUUUUGAUUGGUAAGUAAGAAAUCUUGCAGUGGAUAGAAUAUGAAUGAGUUCAGCUACGUCACUCGUCAAUUAGCACCACCCUCAAGUCAUGAAUAGUUAAAAAAGAGCUGCUCUGGUGACAUCAAACUCAUACUGGAUGUGAAGCUGGAAGCGGGUGAACCUUAAGGGAACAUGUUUGGCCUCGGUGCAAUCAAUCCGAAUGUUCGGGCAAUAGGAGGAUCACAACAGCAUGACCUGCACAGACGAGCUGCCCAGAUCAGAGCUGAGCUGCAGCAAGGUGUGAGGAAGCCUUUCAGCGACGUCAUCGACGUCUCCUCUGGGGACUCCCACCUGACCGGCAUGAUGCCCCUGACCUUUGCGCGGCAGGUGAUUGCGGUGUGUAUUUGCCCGGCACUUAUCCAUUCAGACGACCUGCCUGUGGACGUGAGGCGGCGAGCCCAGGAGCUGUUGGCACAGCUCGAUGGGGAGAGCCUGGGUUCAUACACAGAUUCAUGUGGAGCACCCAACGUGCAGCGCAGUGUGGCUGAGUUCAUCACCAGGCGAGACGGGGGGGUGCCUGCAUCCCCUCAAAAUAUCUUUAUCUGUGGAGGAUCCCAGAGGGCUUUGGCGCUACUUUUGGAGAUUCUCAUUCCUAAUGAGGGGCCACCUCACACUGGGGUUCUAACACCGGUGCCGACACACAAAACCUUCACCAUGCUCCUGGAAGAAAUGGGCGCUGUGAUGGUACCUUAUCAGCUGUGUGAGGAACAGGGCUGGGUGCUGCAAAUAGAUGAACUGCGGAGAGCCCUCCGAGACUCAAGGGGGCACUGCAGUCCCAAAGUACUCUAUAUUAUCAACCCGGGGAACCCCACAGGUCAUGUGCAAACUAUGAAAUCAAUCGCAGAGGUUAUUCAGUUUGCAGCUGAAGAGGAGCUCUUUCUUUUAGUUGACGAGGUGUAUCAGGACACUGUGCAUGGAGACAACAGUGAGUUUAUCUCCUACAAAAAGGUGCUGUUCGAAAUGGGGGGAGAGUACUCUGAAACAGUGCAGAUGGCCUCAGUCCACUCCAUCUCUAAGGGCUACAUGGGAGAGGGUGGCCUCCGUGCUGGAUAUGUGGAGCUGGUGAACAUUGACCAUGCUGUGAUGCCGUUUGCCAAUUGGCUGAUUGGCAUAAGAAUCUGUGCACCGAUGCCAGGUCAGGUGGCGUUGGACAUCAUGGCGCGUCCUCCUCAACCUGGAGACGCUUCUUAUGCCCAAUACACACAGGAAGUCCAGGCCAUUCGGGAAACUCUGGUUCGAAAUGUACGCCGAGCUCAAGAGGUUCUAAACAGUCUACCAUGCAUGAGUUGCCAGUUGCCAGAGGCUGGCAUAUUUGUCUUCCCUCGCUUGCAAUUCCACCCACAGGUGGAGGAACAUGCCAAGAAGGUUGGAGUAGAUGCUGACCUGCUCUAUAGUAGAAGAUUGUUGGAAGAUUCAGGGGUGUGUGUCAGUCCUGGGUGCGAAUGCGGUCAGCGGGAUGGAACACACCAUCUCAGACUGUGUGUGCUGAUCCCCACCGACACGCUGGAUGAGGUGCUGACACGCCUGACAUGCUUCCAUCUCCGCUACAUGGCGGAGUUCUUAUAACUGACCACGAACUCCCACUCCAAUCUGCACCAUCUACAUGCAUCAUAUGUCUGCUUUUUAUAUCCUGGUGUUUUUUUGAUGAUUAACCAUCUCAAGCUAAAAUAGAUGCAUAGAGUACACCCAUUUGUAUUGUUUGUUUUUCAAAGGCAGGCAUUUUGAAGAAUGCGGUGAACUCUCCACCCAGUUUCAAAGCAGUAAUUAUGGCUUUUUGCUUAGUGAAAUACCACAUUACUAUUGUGAUUCAAUGGGCGGAUUGCUGAAAACACUGGAGUCAACUGACUGACACUCUUCUCAGUCAAGAGGUUGUAAAAAAAAUCAUUUUCCAUCAACUGUGGGUUUCCUCUGGAAACUCGGGGUUCACUCCACAGUCCAUGUCACAAAGCAUUUCCUGCCUCGAGAAAUAUGUAUCUAUUUCUCAGUAAGUGCUGAGUCACAAACAUUCGCUUAAUAACCACCGAGUGCCUCAGCGUUGUGGGUGUGACCAUGCAAACGGGCACUGAGCUGCAAGUGUGUUACAUUACUUGAUGAUGCUUGAAGAUUGAAAACAUGCAUGUGGCAGGUGGCACAUGUUCGAGAGGAGGUGUGUGCUGGUCUCCAAGUCUCAAAUUUUCUUUGAUUUCGUAAAUAUUUAAUAUGUAUAUGCAUUUUAAAUACUGUAUUGGAACUGAGGUUUGUAUAUUUACUCAAAAUAAACCAUCAUAAUUAUCAGUGCAACAUCAAA